GUCAGCAGCCAUAGGAUAACACGCGCACGGCUCUCGUCACCCGCCUCACUCCCUCCCUGCCCAUCACCAAUGGCGACGGGUGGCUGAAAAAACCGGAGUCCAAGGCUCCCCAAACCUCCCUGGCCCCUGCCCCCAUGCCCAUGGCUUCCCUCGCCGCCCCUCCUCUCCCAUCCCGCGCCCCUAGCUUCCUCGCCGCCCCCGCCAUCCACAGCGGGCGGCCUCCGCGCCUGGUCGGGCCGGUGCGGUCCGCGUCCCCACUCCUCUCCUCCGCCUCCGCAGGCUGCUUCCCCCGCGCCCCUCGCGCGCCCUGCAGCGCCGCCCGCGAACGCCGCCGCGACUCCGUGCGGACAUUCUCUCAAGCUGAUGCUGCUGGACCAGCUCCUUUAUCAAAGACUCUGUCAGACCUCAAGGAUUCCUGCUGGAGAUUUCUGAGGCCACACACAAUUCGAGGAACUGCUUUGGGAUCCAUAGCUUUGGUUGCUAGAGCCUUGAUAGAGAAUUCCCACCUGAUAAAUUGGUGGUUAUUAUUUAAAGCAUUCUAUGGGCUUGUAGCGUUAAUCUGUGGCAAUGGUUACAUAGUUGGGAUCAAUCAGAUCUAUGAUGUUGCUAUUGACAAGGUAAAUAAGCCAUACCUACCCAUUGCUGCCGGCGAUCUGUCAGUUGAGUCAGCUUGGUUGUUGGUAAUAUUAUUCGCAGCUGCAGGCUUUUCAAUUGUCCUGUCGAACUUUGGACCAUUCAUUACCUCUCUAUACUGCCUUGGCCUAUUUCUUGGAACUAUAUAUUCCGUUCCACCAUUCAGACUGAAGAGAUAUCCGGUUGCUGCUUUUCUUAUCAUUGCAACGGUUCGCGGUUUCCUUCUCAACUUUGGUGUGUACUAUGCUACUAGGGCUGCACUAGGUCUUACAUUCCAAUGGAGCUCUCCUGUUGCAUUCAUUACAUGCUUCGUGACACUAUUUGCUCUGGUCAUUGCUAUAACCAAAGAUCUCCCUGAUGUUGAAGGGGAUCGCAAGUACCAGAUAUCAACUUUGGCAACAAAGCUUGGUGUCAGAAACAUUGCCUUCCUUGGGUCUGGUUUGUUGGUAGCAAAUUACAUUGCUGCUAUUGUUGUAGCUUUUCUCAUGCCUCAGGCUUUUAGGCGCGCUGUCAUGGUUCCUGUGCAUGUUGCCCUUGCAGCUGGUUUAAUUUUCCAGACGUGGGUUCUGGAGCAAGCGAAGUACACUAAGGAUGCUAUUUCGCAGUACUACCGGUUCAUUUGGAAUCUCUUCUACGCUGAAUAUAUCCUCUUCCCGUUAAUAUAGAUUUAGAGCCUAGAGAUCUGGUACUUCAGCCUGGUCUACAGCCAAAAUGAUGGGAGUAACUGAUAUAAAACGUGAUUGUUGUGCAUAUCUUGUACGGGAACAACAAAGCUGCAGUGUUACAAGGAUCCUGAAGUAGAUGCUGAAGACUUUGUUGGAGCCACGGAAGCAGGCUUUGGUAACAAUUCAACAGAGUCCCGUUCUGUAGGGCCUUGUUUGGGAGGGCUUGAGCAUAGAGGACUGAAGUUGAUGGAAGCUCAGGCUCUGGCCCCAAACAGGUGGUGGUGGAACGGCCAAGCCAAGCUCGUUUCUUGUCACUCGAGGUUAAGCUAGUAUGCGAGACAUAUUGACGGCGUGCCCUCUCACGAAAACUGGCUAGGGACCAUUAGUCCAUUGGUAUCAUACGCUUGGCUUACUGAGUUACUGCGUAUAUAUUUCUUGAGCUUCAGCUGAAACUGUUGUAUAGUAGGAACCACUGUCUUUUCCACCGUUCUGGACGACUGAAACUUCCUCCAUGUGUAUGCCUGUAAGCUGUAACUUGGCUCGCACAAAGCUUUAUGCUACAGAACUUGCUGCAUCA